UCCGACCACAGGCUGUUUUGUGCAGGCUGUCCCUCUCCUUCAAAACCCUGCAUCCCCUCCCCGAAGCAGCAGGCAGUGUGCCUUCAUUCAGCCACAUUUGGUAUGCAUGAGCACGGCUGCAGAGAGAGGGGAGGUGGCUUUCUUAAGAAGGUUCAGGGGCUCAGGAAACGCCACUUGACUAGUCUCCCAAGUUCCAGGAAGCCUCUGCCCUAAUGGAAUUUGCAGGUGUGGAGAUGACCAUGGGAUGCCAGGGCCGUGGGGAACCAUUUAUUUUCUAGGCGUUGCUCAGGUUUGCAGUUUCUUGUUUUCCCGGUGGAAUUUGGAAGGGGUCAUGAAUCAAACUGAUGCUUCUCGACCCCUAAACUGGACCAUCCGGAAGCUGUGCCACGCAGCCUUUCUCCCAUCUGUAAGACUCCUUAAGGCACAGAAAUCCUGGAUAGAAAGAGCAUUUUAUAAAAGAGAAUGUGUUCACAUCAUACCCAGCACCAAAGACCCCCAUAGGUGUUGCUGUGGGCGUCUAAUAGGCCAGCAUGUCGGACUCACUCCCAGUAUCUCUGUGCUUCAGAAUGAGAAAAAUGAAAGUCGCCUCUCCCGAAAUGACAUCCAGUCUGAGAAAUGGUCCAUCAGCAAACACACUCAGCUCAGCCCAACGGAUGCAUUUGGGACCAUUGAGUUCCAAGGAGGUGGCCAUUCCAACAAAGCCAUGUACGUGCGAGUAUCCUUUGAUACGAAACCUGAUCUCCUUCUACACCUGAUGACCAAGGAAUGGCAACUGGAGCUUCCCAAGCUUCUCAUCUCUGUCCACGGGGGCCUGCAGAACUUUGAACUCCAGCCCAAACUCAAGCAAGUCUUUGGGAAAGGUCUCAUCAAAGCAGCCAUGACCACCGGAGCGUGGAUCUUCACUGGAGGGGUUAACACAGGUGUCAUUCGGCAUGUUGGAGAUGCCUUGAAGGACCACGCAUCUAAAUCUCGAGGGAAGAUAUGUACCAUAGGUAUUGCCCCAUGGGGAAUUGUGGAAAACCAAGAGGACCUGAUUGGAAGAGAUGUAGUCCGGCCAUACCAAACCAUGUCCAAUCCCAUGAGCAAGCUCACUGUUCUCAACAGCAUGCAUUCCCAUUUCAUCCUGGCUGACAAUGGCACGACUGGAAAAUACGGAGCCGAAGUGAAACUUCGGAGACAACUGGAAAAGCAUAUUUCACUUCAGAAGAUAAACACAAGAAUCGGACAAGGGGUUCCGGUGGUGGCACUCAUUGUGGAAGGAGGGCCCAAUGUGAUCUCCAUCGUUUUGGAGUACCUCCGAGACACGCCUCCUGUGCCUGUGGUGGUCUGUGAUGGCAGUGGACGGGCAUCUGACAUCCUGGCAUUUGGGCAUAAAUAUUCAGAAGAAGGCGGACUUAUAAAUGAAUCUUUGAGGGACCAGCUACUGGUGACUAUACAGAAGACCUUCACAUACACCCGAACCCAAGCUCAACAUCUGUUCAUCAUCCUCAUGGAGUGCAUGAAAAAGAAGGAAUUGAUUACAGUUUUUCGGAUGGGAUCAGAAGGACACCAGGACAUUGAUUUAGCUAUCCUGACAGCUUUACUCAAAGGUGCCAAUGCCUCGGCCCCAGACCAACUGAGUUUAGCUUUAGCCUGGAACAGAGUGGACAUCGCUCGAAGCCAGAUCUUUAUUUAUGGGCAACAGUGGCCGGUGGGGUCUCUGGAACAAGCCAUGUUGGAUGCCUUAGUUUUGGACAGAGUGGAUUUUGUGAAAUUACUCAUAGAGAAUGGAGUAAGCAUGCACCGUUUUCUCACCAUCUCCAGACUAGAGGAAUUGUACAAUACGAGACAUGGGCCCUCAAACACAUUGUACCACUUGGUCAGGGAUGUCAAAAAGGGGAACCUGCCCCCAGACUACAGGAUCAGCCUGAUUGACAUCGGCCUGGUGAUCGAGUACCUGAUGGGCGGAGCUUACCGCUGCAACUACACGCGCAAGCGCUUCAGGACCCUCUACCACAACCUCUUCGGCCCCAAGAGGCCCAAAGCCUUGAAACUUCUGGGAAUGGAGGAUGAUAUUCCCCUGAGGCGAGGAAGAAAGACAACCAAGAAACGUGAGGAAGAGGUGGACAUCGACUUGGAUGACCCUGAGAUCAACCACUUCCCUUUCCCUUUCCAUGAGCUGAUGGUGUGGGCUGUCCUCAUGAAAAGGCAGAAGAUGGCCCUGUUCUUCUGGCAGCAUGGAGAGGAGGCCAUGGCCAAGGCCCUGGUGGCCUGUAAACUCUGCAAAGCCAUGGCUCACGAGGCCUCCGAAAAUGACAUGGUGGACGACAUUUCCCAGGAGCUGAACCACAACUCCAGGGACUUUGGCCAGCUGGCUGUGGAGCUCUUGGACCAAUCCUACAAGCAGGAUGAGCAACUGGCCAUGAAACUGUUGACGUACGAAUUGAAGAACUGGAGCAACGCCACAUGCCUGCAGCUGGCUGUGGCUGCCAAGCACCGUGACUUCAUUGCGCACACGUGCAGCCAGAUGCUGCUCACUGACAUGUGGAUGGGUCGGCUCCGCAUGCGCAAGAACUCAGGCCUCAAGGUAAUUCUGGGAAUUCUACUUCCUCCUUCAAUUCUCAGCUUGGAGUUCAAGAACAAAGAUGACAUGCCCUAUAUGACUCAGGCACAAGAAAUYCAUCUCCAAGAGAAGGAGCCAGAAGAACCAGAGAAACCCACAAAGGAAAAAGAUGAAGAGGACAUGGAACUGACUGCAAUGUUGGGACGAAACAAUGGGGAGUCAUCCAGGAAGAAAGAUGAAGAGGAAGUUCAGAGCAGGCACCGGUUAAUCCCCCUGGGCAGAAAAAUCUAUGAAUUCUACAAUGCACCCAUUGUGAAGUUCUGGUUCUACACUCUGGCAUAUAUCGGAUACCUGAUGCUCUUCAACUAUAUCGUGUUAGUGAAGAUGGAGCGCUGGCCUUCAACCCAGGAAUGGAUCGUCAUUUCCUAUAUUUUUACCCUGGGAAUAGAAAAGAUGAGAGAGAUUCUGAUGUCAGAGCCAGGCAAGUUGCUGCAGAAAGUGAAGGUGUGGCUGCAGGAGUACUGGAAUGUCACAGACCUCAUUGCCAUCCUUCUGUUCUCUGUUGGAAUGAUCCUUCGUCUUCAAGACCAGCCCUUCAGGAGUGAUGGGAGAGUUAUCUAUUGCGUGAACAUCAUUUAUUGGUACAUCCGUUUACUAGACAUCUUCGGAGUGAACAAGUAUCUGGGCCCAUAUGUGAUGAUGAUUGGAAAAAUGAUGAUAGACAUGAUGUACUUUGUCAUCAUUAUGCUGGUGGUACUGAUGAGCUUUGGAGUCGCCAGGCAAGCCAUCCUCUUUCCCAAUGAGGAGCCAUCAUGGAAACUGGCCAAGAACAUCUUCUACAUGCCCUACUGGAUGAUUUAUGGGGAAGUGUUUGCGGACCAGAUAGACCCUCCCUGUGGACAGAAUGAGACCCGAGAGGAUGGCAAAAUCAUCCAGCUGCCCCCCUGCAAGACAGGAGCAUGGAUUGUGCCGGCCAUCAUGGCCUGCUACCUCUUGGUGGCAAACAUCCUGCUGGUCAACCUUCUCAUUGCUGUCUUUAACAAUACAUUUUUUGAGGUAAAGUCGAUAUCCAACCAAGUGUGGAAGUUUCAGAGAUAUCAGCUCAUCAUGACAUUCCAUGAAAGGCCAGUGCUGCCCCCGCCUCUGAUCAUCUUCAGCCACAUGACCAUGAUAUUCCAGCACCUCUGCUGUCGAUGGAGGAAGCACGAGAGCGACCCAGAUGAAAGGGACUAUGGCCUGAAACUCUUCAUAACCGAUGACGAGCUCAAAAAAGUACACGAUUUUGAAGAGCAGUGCAUAGAGGAAUAUUUCAGAGAAAAGGAUGAUCGAUUCAACUCAUCCAAUGAUGAGAGGAUACGGGUGACUUCAGAAAGGGUGGAGAACAUGUCCAUGCGGCUGGAGGAGGUCAAUGAGAGAGAGCACUCCAUGAAGGCUUCACUCCAGACCGUGGACAUCCGGCUGGCGCAGCUUGAGGACCUCAUCGGGCGCAUGGCCACAGCCCUGGAGCGCCUGACGGGUCUGGAGCGAGCUGAGUCCAACAAGAUCCGCUCGAGGACCUCCUCGGACUGCACGGACGCAGCCUACAUCGUCCGCCAGAGCAGCUUCAACAGCCAGGAGGGAAACACCUUCAAGCUCCAAGAGAGUAUAGACCCUGCAGGUGAGGAGACCAUGUCCCCAACCUCUCCAACCUUAAUGCCCCGUAUGCGAAGCCAUUCUUUCUAUUCAGUCAAUAUGAAAGACAAAGGUGGUAUAGAAAAGUUGGAAAGUAUUUUUAAAGAAAGGUCCCUGAGCCUACACCGAGCUACUAGUUCCCACUCAGUAGCCAAAGAAUCCAAAGCUCCUGCAGCCCCUGCAAACACCUUGGCCAUUGUUCCUGAUUCUAGAAGACCAUCGUCAUGCAUAGACAUCUAUGUCUCUGCCAUGGAUGAGCUUCACUGUGACAUAGACCCUCUGGACAAUUCCAUGAACAUCCUUGGGUUGGGAGAACCAAGCUUUUCGGUUCCAGCACCUUCCACAGCCCCUUCAAGCAGUGCCUAUGUAACCCUUGCACCCACAGACAGACCUCCAAGCCGGAGCAUCGAUUUCGAAGACAUCACCUCCAUGGACACUAGGUCUUUUUCUUCAGACUAUACCCACAUUCCAGAAUGCCAAAACCCCUGGGACUCGGACCCUCCGAUGUAUCACACCAUUGAGCGUUCCAAGAGUAGCCGCUAUCUAGCCGCCACACCUUUUCUUCUAGAAGAGGCCCCCAUAGUGAAAUCUCAUAGCUUUAUGUUUUCUCCUUCGAGGAGUUAUUACGCCAACUUUGGGGUGCCUGUGAAAACAGCAGAAUAUACAAGUAUUACGGACUGUAUCGACACGAGGUGUGUCAAUACCCCUCAAGCGAUUGCGGACAGAGCCACCUUCCCCGGAGGUCUUGGCGAUAAAGUAGAGGACUUAUCUUGCUGUCAUCCUGAGCGAGAAGCAGAACUGAGCCACCCUAGCUCUGACAAUGAGGAGAACGAGGCCAGAGGCCGGAGAGCAGCCAUCGCGAUGUCCUCCCAGGAGGGUGACAACUCAGACAGAAACCUAUCCAACAACAUCACGGUUCCCAAGAUAGAGCGUGCCAACAGCUACUCAGCAGAGGAGCCAAGCGCGCCAUAUGCACACACCAGAAAGAGCUUCUCUAUCAGUGACAAGCUCGACAGGCAGCGGAACACGGCAAGCCUGCGAAAUCCCUUCCAGAGGAGUAAGUCCUCCAAGCCGGAAGGCCGAGGGGACARCCUGUCCAUGAGGAGACUGUCCAGAACGUCGGCUUUCCACAGCUUUGAAAGCAAGCACAACUAACUCUUCUUACCAUGCCUUGCAGGAGGCUCGAGAACCCAGCCCUAAAUUCUCCCCAAACUCCACCUUUUUCCCCCUUCCUUGAAUCACACCCGCUUUAUUCUUAGCUGAGCAAAACAAGCAAUGUGUUGGGAGAUGUUAACUCAAAGGUGACUUCUGGGCCACAGAUCAAGAAAACAUUUGAUCUGACCCAGUGCCAAACACAGGGUAGUUGAAGCAUGUUCACACUUGCUGGGUAGGGAGGGGAUGGGGGGAGAAGGGUUAGAGAUGAAUGUGUAUCACCAGUCUCUGCAGAAAGCCAUGAGCUCUGGGGAACCAAGGGGCUUCAAGCACUCUCAACGCCAGGAGGCAUCUUGUGAUUUCUACCCAKUAUCAAGAGCUUUAGGAUGCAGGGCUAAGUUGCAAAAUAAAAUAAAAUAGCCAGCAUACAAAAUGAGAUAUUCUAAACUUCAAUUCUGUUUUCUUUUCACAUUGGCUCCAUCACUGGUGACUGAUGAAGAGCAUCCUUUUUAUUCAGUAUAAGCCGGCAGCAAGCAGUUCUACCUAACGUCCCACAUCCUUCUCAUGCCAACACUUCUGUAAUUGGUCAUUAUAAAGAAAAAAACAAGGUAACAGUCAUAGUUCACCUGUCUCUUAUAUAUUCACUUCUGGUGCCACAACUGUUUUAUCUUUUUUGAAGAAAAUAAGGGAACAGAAAUGCCUUUUGGUCUUGCAAUGGAAAUGAUAGAAGAGUUGAUGUUAGAAGCAACAGUCACGUGGUGUAUAUCAUAUAUGGUGGGCAUUCCAGUAGAGUCAAGCAAGCUCAGGAUGAAUGUAAUUAAAUAACUUUAUAUUUCUUAAUUUAUUUUGUAUCUCUCCUGUCAUCAGUGAAUUCACUCAUUGAAUGUGUAAUGUUGAACUU